CCUGCGAGUGUUUUGCGUUGUAGCGGUCUUUCCCAGCAUCCCCGGUAUGGUCUUCCCGGUGCUUCUAUCGGCCUGUGUGGCCAUUGAUAACCCUGCAGAUCCCCUGUCGGCUGGUGCUGUGCUAGCGGCGAAUCACGCAUUCACGGCCCAAUAUUUCCAAGCAUGCUUCGAUCCGAAGGUGAAUCAUAUCGCCUCACCCUACCACAUCCGCCUCGUACUGUCGGCACUGUAUCCUCUGGCCGGUGAGGCCGUUCAGGAGGAUUUACGAGUGACGUUCGAUCUCCCGGAGCAGGAGCAAGAUGUCAUCGAGCAGCAGAAGCGUCUCACGGAGCAGCUAAAUGCGGUGGCCGCCGGUGAAAGACGCCAUUUACGGGCCCUACCGUUCGUGCUGGCCGAGGAAACGUUGGCACUGAGUGAAGCGUUUGAGGAACGUUUCCUGCCCCUGCUACCAACCGCUCCGCCGGCCUUCGAGACGGUGGAUCUCACGGACGAUAUUCCGUCGGCGGCUGCCGUUAACAGUUACUACCAGCGGGCACGAAUCGAGAUCGAGGAUCUGAUCGGCGAAGGGGACGUGUUCUCGUUGCCACCCAACUGUUUUCGCUUCAUGCUCUUCAGCGGUGUAUCGGUACUGGCCCCGCUCGGUGUUCGGUUUGAUCCGUCCAACACCGAACUCGGUUCGUUCCGGUUCGUCAACGAACCGGAUCGCCAGGUACCGAUCAUGGCGACCAAGGCGCAGCUACGCUACUGCCACCAGCAACUCCUUGACGAUCGGCGCUGCGCUGUCAUCGAGUUGCCGUUCGCAGAGCCUACUACCAUCGUCUUGCAACUGUUGCUGCCCGAUGAGGGCACUGAGCUAAAGGAUCUGGUAGCCGCCCUGAACGGCAAGCGGUUGGCCGACUUUCAAGGGAAUCUGCGCCAUCGCAUGGUGGAGGUUAAACUGCCCAGUUUUAUGGUACGCGAGAAAACGGACACACGCGAACCGAUGAAAAAGCUUGGUUACGGUGGUGUGUUCGAGAUCGACGAUUUGAAGAUUUUCCGUGAACCGGACCGGGUACGGUUGGAUGGAUUUUUCCAGCACUGUUACCUGGCGGUCGGUGAGAGCACCGGAGAGGCACCACCGGUGGCCAGUGAUGAUGGUGGUGCAACUGCCGGCCCAUCACCGACACCGGAAGUGAAGUUUCAUGCAAAUCGCCCGUUUCUGUUCCUGGUGCGACGCAUCGAGGACGGAAAUGUGCUACUAAUUGGCCACUUUUCCCGCUACAUCGAUCCGGAUGAACAGUGGUGAGGUGGUAGUGUUUGGAAAAAUCAAAGUGACCUCUGGCCGUACGGCAAAAUGUUGCAAAUAUAUGCAGAAUAUUAAAAGUGCUUAAAAAAUUGUCGUUCACUUUGUGCAG